AUGGACGGGCGGCCCGGGCCGAGGCCGACCCCCGAGGGCCGCCGGGAGCGCUCCCGGGACGCCGCCCGGUGCCGGCGGAGCCGCGAGGCCGAGGUGUUCGGGCAGCUCGCCCUGGCCCUGCCCUUCGCCCGCGGGGUCAGCGCCCACCUGGACAAAGCGUCCAUCAUGCGGCUGACCAUCAGCUACCUGCGCGUGCACCGCCUGCUGGCCGCGGGCGCGUGGGCGGCGGCGGCCGAGGCUGUGGACGGAUGUUACCUGCAGGCUCUGAGCGGCUUCGUGAUGGUUCUGAGCGAGGGCGGGGACAUGAUUUACCUGUCCGAGAACGUCAGCCGCCUGCUGGGGCUCAGCCAGCUGGAGCUGAUCGGGCACAGCGUGUUCGAUUUCGUUCACCCCUGCGACCACGAGGAGCUGCAGGACGUGCUGGGCCCGCGCCAGGGGGGUCCCCGGCGGCGGGGGGAGCGCUCUGGCCGCAGUUUCUCGCUGCGCAUGAAGAGCACCCUGAGUGGGCGCGGCCGCUGCCUCAACCUCAAAGCGGCGUCCUGGAAGGUCCUGCACUGCGCGGGGCACAUGCGAACCUACUCGGGGUCUGGGGGCGGGGACCCCCCCCUGCGCUGCCUGGUGUUGAUUUGCGAGGCCAUCCCGCACCCCGGGGCCAUCGAGGCGCCGCUGGGCUCGGGCACCGUCCUCACUCGCCACUCCAUGGACAUGAAGUUCACCUACUGCGAUGACAGGAUCGGGGAGGUGGCCGGGUACCACCCCGAGGAGCUCCUGGGCUGUUCCCUCUACGAGUUCGUCCAUGCGCUCGACUCCAACACCCUGAGCCGCAGCGUCCACACCCUGCUGACCAAGGGCCAGGCUGUCACCAGCCAGUACCGGUUCCUGGCCAAGCGCGGGGGGUUCCUCUGGGCCCAGACCCAGGCCACGGUGAUGGGCGGGGGGCGAGCGGCGCCCGAGGGCAUCGUGUGCCUGCACUUCGUGCUCAGCCGGGUGGAGCAGCGCGGGCUCGUCCUGUCCCUGGAGCAAACCCAGCGCCGAGAAUUUGGGGGGGGGGCUCGGAGACCCCCGGCCCCGACCCCCAGCAACGGGGUGGGGGUCCCGGGGGUCCCGGGGGUCCUGGCCUUCGUGCGCCCCUCGCACGUGCCCGAGGCCGCCCUGCAGCGCGACCCCCGCCGCUUCUGCUCCCCCGAGCUCGUCCGGCUCCUCGCCCCCAUCUUCGACCCCCCCCCCGCGACCCCCGCCCCGCCCCGGCGGCCCCGCAGCCCCUCCCCGACGUCCCCCCUGGACCUGGCCAUGCUCGCCCCCUACAUCCCCAUGGACGGCGAUUUCCAGCUGGGCGGGGCCGAGCCGCACAGGGGGCGUGGCCUGCGCCCCUCAGGCCCCGCCCCCAAGCCCGAGGCUCCGCCCCCCAGGCCCAGAGCCCGCAGCUUCCCCGGGCGAGGCCCCGCCCCCUGCCGGCCUGGCCACGCCCCCCUGCCGCGCUGGGGCAGCGACCCCGCCCUGGGCCACGCCCCCAGGCCACGCCCCGCUAGGAAGAGGUGGGCGGGGCUUGAGGGGGGCGGGGCCUGGGUUAAUUAA